AUGCCGUCUCAAGCACGCGACUCGAAGAGGGUCGUGGAGCUAAUAGAAAGUGGGUUUUAUAAAGAGACAGACGAUUAUGGCUACGUAAGAGACAUGGCGAUGAGUUUAAGUCUUGUGUUACUUUUUGCAGUUUGCACUGUUAGAGGAACAACUACGAAGUACUACACUUAUGAAGAGGAUCCACUAGGCAAAUUUAUCGGAAACUUGUCGCUUGAUUUGAAAAUCAACCUAACUGAAGAUCCGAACACAAGUUUCCGCUUCAUGCAAGAGAGAAACUCGUCCCAAAUUCAGAUGCGACGAAAUGACGGAGUACUGACUGUGGGAGAACGCAUCGACAGGGAGAAUCUCUGCCAACGCUCUCAACGUUGUGUGAUUACUUUUGACGUGGUGGUAUUCUCGAAGGAGAAGUUUCAUUUGAUCCAUGUUGAGAUUUAUGUGAAGGACAUUAAUGAUCACUCGCCUCAGUUUCCACAUAAUGAAACAUACCUUCAGAUUUCAGAGGCCGUGGCAGUGGGCACCAGGUUUCCGUUAGACUAUGCUGUUGACCAGGACGUCGGUAAUAACUAUAUUCAGAGUUACCAACUUUUUCACAACAGCCAUUUUGGUAUCGAGGUGCGAAGUGGGGAGGAUGGGAUAAAAGUUCCACAGCUUGUUUUGGUGAAAGAGUUGGACAGGGAGGUGGAGGACUCUUAUUUGCUUCAAGUGACAGCGAGUGACGGUGGAAGUCCCCCAAAGUCAGGGUCAUUCAUGGUUCAUGUCAAAAUCUUAGACUCCAAUGAUAACAGUCCUCAAUUCGAGCACAACUCCCUUAAAGUCGAGCUACACGAAGACGCGCCUGUUGGUUCUCUGUUGCUCAAAGUCCAAGCAUUUGACCCAGACCAUGGAGCAAACGGUGAGGUACGCUACGAUUUUACUGAGGACUCUCUGAAUGAGGUUAAAGACACUUUUCAAAUCGACCCGAUUACUGGCACUGUGACUUUAAGGUCGCUGGUUGACUUUGAGUCAAGGAGGUCAUACGAGCUCAACAUUCAAGCUUAUGACCUAGGCGUCAACUCCAUUCCAUCCACUUGCAAAGUCAUCGCUGAAAUUGUGGAUGUCAACGACAAUGCCCCUGAGAUAACCAUUAAGCCAAUGACAUCUCUGAGCGACGGAAUAGCUUACAUCACGGAGGCAGCGGCUGUGGAGAGUUUUGUUGCACUGAUCAGCACCUCGGACAGAGACUCGGGCGCUAAUGGUUACGUGCGUGUCAGUUUGCAGGGACACGAACAUUUUAAACUUCAGCAGGCUUACGGCGACACUUUUAUGAUCGUCACAACAACGACUUUGGAUCGGGAAAAGAUUCCAGAGUACAACCUAACCGUUGUGGCAGAAGACCUGGGCUCGCCGCCAUUCAGAACUUUGCUGCAAUACACAGUUAGGGUACUCGAUGAGAACGACAACGCUCCAUUGUUUAGCAAAUCUGUUUAUGAUAUUGCAGUGAUGGAAAACAAAGCCCCGGGAUCUUACAUUGCUACUUUAAUUGCCCGUGACCCUGAUGUGGGAGUCAAUGGAAAAGUGACUUAUACACUGAUAGAUGAAAAUGUUGGAGGGGCCCCAAUAUCGUCACUUGUUUCAGUAAAUCCUGUUUCGGGUAUCUUGUACACAAUGAGAUCUCUCGAUUAUGAAUCUGUCAAGCAAAUUGAUGUGGGAAUUUUAGCUACUGAUGGGGGCUCCCCACAGUUGUCAAGUACUGCUGUGGUCAGGAUCAAGGUAGUGGACGAAAAUGACAAUGCGCCAUUCAUUACUUAUCCUGUUCUACUCAAUGACUCCGCCAAGGUGCCCAUACCACACAAUGCUCCCGCCGGAUAUCUUGCCCUUAGGGUUAAGGCACGCGAUAUGGACGAUGGGAUCAAUGGUGAACUGUCCUACAGUAUAAUCGAGGACAAAAAAACGUUGUUUUCUAUCAACAAAAACACUGGAGAGAUUGCACUGAAAUAUGGCCUGACGCUGCAAUAUGGAGACGCUGCUGAAAUAACAGUGGCGGUCAGCGACAGUGGUCGGACGCCUCUUUCUUGCGCCGCCAGAUUCAGUUUCGUUGUCACGGAGAUGGAACCCGAGGAGGAGCAGGUGGUUGUGGUGUUGGAGUCCACUGAAGAAGAAGAAAUAUCAGACUUCGAUGCCUCUUUAAUAGUUAUUGUACUGCUGAGCGUUGGCUGCGCGCUACUGCUUGUAGCCAUUGUGGCAGUUGCUCUCUCGCGCAAGUACAGUCCAAGAAACGAAACUUUUGGCUCCAAGAGGAGAGGCCCUGACGGACUGUUUACAAAGACCCCCCUUCCGUCUCAUAGCAUUGACUCGUCAGAGUCUGGCAGCUAUAAAGGGGGGAGUACAACCGUCACAGAGCACAUUUUGUCCUCCCGAGAUGAAUCAUCUUAUUCUUUUGAAGAGUCAAGUGGAGAUUCUGAUACAAAGGUGUUCCGUCCCCUUCUCUGUGAGGGUAAUUUUGAACCUGUAGCCAUUUGGCAAGGAGACAGAUUUACUUUGCAAACAAGCAACAUCAGGUCCACUGAUCAGACGAGCGUGAAGGACAGUGGCAAAGGAGACAGCGACUUCAAUGAUAGCGACUCUGACAUCAGCAGAGAUAUGGGCCGGAAAAUCUCUACCAGUAUCCAACCACAGACUAACUGUCCAUUCAGUGCUGGGCUUACUGCUGGACACGGCAGAACCAGAGAGAUAUCAACACACACUUCCAGUGCUCCCGUCAGUACGGGUAGUUACACAAUAGCCUACUCAAGGACCUCUGCAUAUGGUCAUGCUCAUACCAACCGUCCUUUGCCUACCUGGAGAGACAACGCCCACAAUACCAUCUUACCACGAGCAUCUGAGCAGCCACGUGCUCCUAUAUGUCAACGCACAGGCACCCUACCCUCUCACUAUUACUACCAACAGUAUGCGCCCUUUUAUCAAUCCCAGCCAGCCACAAAGGACCUGAGAGAGAUGGCCUCACAGCACCAAAACAUUACCUCUUUUUAA